CAUGAUGAAGGAAGGAUGUCUGGAGUCAGAUUGCUGCUGAAUCUCUGUGUUGCUGCAGUAGAAACUGACAGAUGUACAGGAACAAGAUUCUCCACUCUGCUGUCAUCUGUGUGCAGCUACAAAACCUUCCCUUUUGAUGAAGAGAGAGAUGGUUAUGUUGUUCAUUAUCAGAGUGAUUUCCUGCUGGAUCUGUGCUCUCAUGUGAAGAACUAUGAGACUCAAACAGACAGGAGUUUUCUUCCAGCAUUACAGUCAGUUUUCCAGUCACCUGAUGUCUGGAUCAUAGAUCUCUCAAAGAGAAAGAUCUCCGUCCUCCUGGAAGUGCUGAAGCUCCAGACAGAGAAGAAACCAGUAUAUCUGAUAUGUUCAGAGGAAGAGAGUGACGUGAAGAGUUUCCUUCAGUGUCUGCAGCACAUCUCACAGCUGAGGUUCUGGUUCACUGAUGAAGAAGCAAGGAUGUCUGGAGUCAGAUUGCUGCUGAAUCUCUGUGUUGCUGCAGUAGAAACUGACAGAUGUACAGGAACAAGAUUCUCCACUCUGCUGUCAUCUGUGUGCAGCUACAAAACCUUCCCUUUUGAUAAAGAGAGAGAUGAUCAGAGUGAUUUCCUGCUGGAUCUGUUCUCUCAUGUGAAGAACUAUGAGACUCAAACAGGCAGGAGUUUUCUUCCAGCAUUACAGUCAGUUUUCCAGUCACCUGAUGAAUGGAUCAUAGAUCUCUCAAAGAGAAAGAUCUCCGUCCUCCUGGAAGUGCUGAAGCUCCAGACAGAGAAGAAACCAGUGAAGCUGAGAAGAUGUUCAGAGGAAGAGAGUGACGUGAAGAGUUUCCUUCAGUGUCUGCAGCACAUCUCACAGCUGAGGUUCUUGGACAUGUAUAAUGAAGAAGCAAGGAUGUCUGGAGUCAGAUUGCUGCUGAAUCUCUGUGUUGCUGCAGUAGAAACUGACAGAUGUACAGGAACAAGAUUCUCCACUCUGCUGUCAUCUGUGUGCAGCUACAAAACCUUCCCUUUUGAUAAAGAGAGAGAUGAUCAGAGUGAUUUCCUGCUGGAUCUGUUCUCUCAUGUGAAGAACUAUGAGACUCAAACAGACAGGAGUUUUCUUCCAGCAUUACAGUCAGUUUUCCAGUCACCUGAUGAAUGGAUCAUAGAUCUCUCAAAGAGAAAGAUCUCCGUCCUCCUGGAAGUGCUGAAGCUCCAGACAGAGAAGAAACCAGUCGAGCUGAUGGGAUGUUCAGAGGAAGAGAGUGACGUGAAGAGUUUCCUUCAGUGUCUGCAGCACAUCUCACAGCUGAGACUGUCCAAAGAGACUGCCCAGAAGCUUGUUGAAUGUGUCUAUGAAGCUCAGGAAGAGGAACUGACUCGAUGCUUCCUGCAGAAAGUGGACGGGGAUCUAACUUCCUGUUCCUUGAACUGGGAAGAGCUUCAUUAUUUCCUGCAGCACAGCAUUCAACAAAUCACUGUGGACUUCAGAAAGAGCAAUAUUCAAUGCAGAAUCAGUGAAAUUCUGCCAUUCCUGAACAGGAUUCAGUUUAAACGGAUGAGCUCUAGCUUCAUGCUGUGUGUGAUCAGAGAGGUCUAUGAGUCUGGCUCUGCUGGAUUUGUGUCCAGUCUGUUGAGUUCAGUGGAGAACUACAUUAACCUGCAGAGCAGAGAUCUGGACUCUGUUCACUGUGCGUCGCUGCGCUUCACACUGCAGCACUGCACUGCAGCUUCACUCAAUCUACAGUGGACCUCCGUACCAGAGGAAGAGCUGCAGAGCAUUCUGCCUCUCUUCACACACCUCUCCCACCUCAGUGUUGACAGGCUGCUGUUACUGAAGAUGCUUCACUGCUGCAGUGUCUCUGAUGUCCAGCAGGAAGCAGCAGCUGUUCUGCUCUCUGUCCUUCAGCACAAGCUGGACUUCUCCUGCCGCUCUGCUCUGGAUCUGACAACAAACACAGACUCAGAGCCUCUACAUCUGACCGCUGAUGACUGCCAUGUGACAUCCAGAGUCAUUCAGAGAGCUCAUUCAGACACAAAGACACGGCUGAUUCUGCAGGACUGUGAGAUUCAUACAGCUGGAAUGGAUCAGCUGUUCCCAGUGUUACACUCAGUUCAACUCUGCUGUGAUAAACCUCUGCUGCUUCAGUUUCUGGCUCAUGUGAGGACUGAGGAUGCCCCGUCUCUCUCUCAAGCUCUGGGUGAAGAGCUGGAUCUCAGUCAGACCCAGCUGGAUCCGCAGGUCUGUAGAGGUCUGGAGCUGAUUCUGGAGUAUUCUGAAGGACUGACAGAACUGGAUCUGAGUCAGUGCCAUCUCACCGAUCACAGUCUGGAUCUGCUGCUCCCAAACCUCCACAAAGCUCAAAUCAUUGAUUUCAGUGGCAAUAGCAUCACUGACGCUGGGGCUGAGAAAAUCUACAGGAUCGUCACUCAUAACAGUAACAUAAAGACAGUAAGGCUCUUCAGCAACAGAAUUGAAUCCAGAGAGCUCUUCUGCUCAGACUCCCGAUUUGAGAUCUGGUGAUGCCAGUAAACUCUCUCUGGAAUCAGCAAACAGUAAAGGGCAGCAACAAGGUCCAAGAAAAUCCACAGCGAAGGUGGCAAGGAGGCGAUAGACGUGAAAACGACCAAAAUAAAGAGCAAGAGCAUUUAUACCAUUGAUUAGCAGAUCUUCUCCCCUUCAUCCUUAAGAAGAGAAACAUCAUUUGCAGCUACCAGUGUUCGACUGUCUGAGCUCUAGUGUUUACUGCAAACCCAAUUCAAGAGAGACUUUGUACUCAGUUUAUUUGGCUAGUUGGGCAGGAGGGUAGGGUGACCACCUGCUAAUAAGCCCAAGAGGGGACAAGGGUUAU